UAAAAAGCUGUCCGUAUUUGUGCGAACUGUACGGGUGCACAAGAGGAUCAAACAGAACAAUCUCGUCGGGAGCGAGAAGGAACAGCUCCUCCCUCCCUCCCUCCUAUUGACUCCAUUGCCCUUCCAUGGAAGCAUCGCACUUUCUCUCUCAUACAUUCCACACAAUCCCUUAACCCUAAUCCUCUUUGCCCUCCCGAGGUCAAUGGAAUGAAAAUGGACUCCAUGAUCGAGACUCUGCCUCCAGUAUCGUCUCUCUCUCCCUCAAUCCUCACCUUUCUUAACGACAAGCUCCACUCUGGAGAUAAUCUUCACGAAGCUCCAAGCCUUGUAUUGGAGUUGCAGGCUCGGUGUCUCGAUUUAGACCAAAACCUCACUGAUCUGAACCGACGGCUCGAAACGAGUCUCGUCGCUUACGAUUCGUAUUCUGAUCGAAUUGGUGGCUUCUUUGGCGAUAUCAAUGCCAAAUUAAGCGAUCUCCAAUCAUCAACUAGUUGUUCCGGUUCUUUAUCAGAUGGAAGAAGCGGAAAGGGUUCCGGAAGAUCGGAGCAGAUAUUGGAUGAGGAGCUACUUUCCCUUGUGAAAGAAGUGGCGAGGAUUGAGACGGUUCGAAUGUAUGCAGAGACAGCAUUAAAGCUUGACAAUUUAGUUGGUGGCGUUGAAGAUGCAGUAUCUUCCACUAUGAACAGGAACCUAGUGAAGCGCACUUCUACACAGAAUUCGGAAGAAACUCGUCUGCUUGCUAUUAAAUCACUCAAAUUGACUGAAGAUGUUUUAACUUCAGUUACGAAGACUCGCCCUCAGUGGGCACGUCUUGUGUCAGCUGUUGAUCACCGAGUAGAUCGAGCUUUAGCAAUUUUAAGACCCCAGGCAAUUGCAGAUCAUCGGGCCCUUCUUGCUUCUCUUGGAUGGCCACCGUCUCUAUCCGUUUUGAAUUCCUCAAAUCUAGAUAGUGGGAAAUCAGCUGAAGUUUCAAAUCCCCUUUUCACAAUGCAAGGGGAGCUCAAACACCAGUACUGUGAAAACUUUCUUGCACUGUGCAGCCUGCAGGAGUUGCAGAGUAGAAGAAAAUCUCGGCAACUAGAGGGACAUAAUAGGGAAGUUGCUCUGCAUCAGCCGCUUUGGGCUAUUGAAGAACUUGUGAAUCCUAUAUCAAUUGCAUCCCAACGCCAUUUCUCAAAGUGGGUUGAUAAACCAGAAUUCAUUUUCGCUCUUGUAUAUAAGAUUACUCGGGAUUAUGUUGAUUCCAUGGACGAGUUAUUGCAACCACUGGUUGAUGAAGCAAUGCUAUCCGGUUACAGUUGCAGAGAAGAAUGGAUUUCAGCAAUGGUAUCCUCCCUAUCCAUGUACUUGGCUAAGGAGAUAUUUCCUAUAUAUGUUGGUCAACUGGAUGAAGAGAGUGUCACUGGUGUUCAAUCACAGGCUGGAAUAUCUUGGCUCCAUCUUGUUGACUUGAUGAUUGCCUUCGAUAAACGAGUCCGGUCUCUUAUAGUGCAUUCUGGAAUCUUGCUUUCCCUUCAGGAAGAUGGGAACCUACAGAAGAUUUCUUCCUUAUCCGUAUUCUGUGAUCGGCCUGACUGGCUUGAUUUGUGGGCAGAAAUAGAGCUUAGGGAUACAAAAGAUAAGUUGAAACCUGUGAUGGAGGAUGAAAGAAGUUGGUCAGCCAAAAUUCAAGGUGCAGUUCUGCUGUCAGGUCCAGAAGAUUGUAAAUCUCCUGCAAUUUCCAGUUCUUUUCUUCGGCGCCUAUCAUCUGUAAUUGAUCGUUGUCGGACAUUGCCAAGCAUUCAUUUAAGGUCAAGGUUUGUCAGACUGGCAGGAGCACCUGUUAUACAAUUUUUUUUGGAUUGCUUACUUAUCAGGUGCCAAGAAGCUGAGGGGCUAACGGCUCUGACGGAUGAUGAUGCUCUUGUCAAAGUCACAAAAUCCAUUAACGCUGCUCGUUACUUUGAGUCUGUUUUGAAGGAAUGGUGCGAGGAUGUCUUCUUUCUAGAGAUGGGAUUGAACCAGGAUGAUCAAUUGGGAGAAGCAGUUAGUGAGAGUAUUUCUAUUGGCAAAUCGUUGGAAGGACCUGGGAUUGGCAUUCUUGAUGAGGAAAUUGGGAAGCUGGAGGAUUUCAGAAUGGAGUGGGUUGAGAAGUUAUCCACUGUCGUUUUGAGGGGAUUUGAAGCUCGAUGUCGAGAUUAUUUGAAGAAUAGGAAGCAAUGGCAGGACAGGAUUGAAGAUGGAACAAUGGUGUCCAAGACUUUCGUUGCGGCGUUGGACUAUCUUCAAGGGAAAAUGUCAAUAUUAGAAGAGGGUUUGAAUGGGAUGGACUUUGUUGUUGUUUGGAGAAAUUCAGCAACUGGGGUGGAUCAUUUAAUUUUUAAUAGUAUUCUUGUGAACAAUGUCAAGUUCUAUGAUGGGGGUGUGGAAAGACUUGGGAAUGAUUUGGCAGUCUUAUUUGGGGUAUUCGGGGCUUGGUGUUUGAGGCCUGAAAGUUUCUUCCCCAAAUUGAGCGAGGGCUUUAAGUUGUUGAAAAUGGAGGAAAAGCAACUUCAAGCUAGUUUGGGUGGAGGAGAGAAAUGGUUGAAGGAGAAUGGUAUAAGGCAUCUGAGUGUAGCUGAAGCACAAAAGAUUGUUAAAAACAGGGUAUAUAUGAGUUGAAUUCUUUUGGGUUGAAGUCAUUUUCUUUUCCUAUACUCCAACGAGGUCGUAGAACAAACUUAGGGAGGAUUAAGGGAGGUUAGAUUUGUUUCAGCAUGAGGAAGUGCUGUACAUUGCUUUGGAGGUCCCAAACUGACUGGUUCCAGCUAGUUUUUUGUUUUUUUUUAAGAAAGAAAAAUACAAGUUCGUCUUUGAAAUAUUCUUUUCGGGUUAUUUUGAUAAAUAAGCACCUUUUGUUGUGGGAGUGCCGGGGGCAUCUACUGUUUUCACCACUUUACAGUUUGGAUUGACGGUAAGAGCAAUCAUCCUUUAAAGUUUGGAUUUUCUUUGGAGUUUGCUGGUCAAUUUGGAGCAGCAUCGUGCCUCCUCAAGCCACUUGUUACCUUUUAUGGUAAAUACAGUUGAAUGACCUUUUUGUUUUUUCUCUUCUUGUUGUCAGCAAUUAAGUUGAUUCCAUCUUAUUUUACUCAAAAUUUAGAAUUUAUUUUUUUCUCCU